CCCGCGCAGCCCCACUGGGCCCGAGGCCCCGACAGUGAAUCCGCAGGCGCCAUGGGCCUCGGGGCCUGCAUGUCCUCAGCGGCGUCGGGGGCCCAAGUCCAGGCCCGCCGGCUGGAAGCUGUGCUGGGCGCCCUGUGCCUGCUGCCCGCGCUGCUGCUGCUGGCCCGGUUGGGGGCCCCUGCGGCCCGGUUGGGGGCCAGCGGGGCACAGGGAGCCGUCGCCGCACCCUACCAGGCGCGUGUCUUCGCCACUCCAGGACCCGGUCCUCCGCCCCUCCAGCUGCCCCGCAGACGCCGCUACACGCUGACCCCAGCCAGGCUGCGCUGGGACCACUUCAACCUCACCUACAGGAUCCUUUCCUUCCCGCGGAACCUGCUGAGCCCCAGUGAAACCCGGCGGGGCCUGGCUACCGCCUUCCGCAUGUGGAGUGACGUGUCCCCCUUCAGCUUCCGAGAGGUGGCCCCUGAGCAGCCCAGCGACCUCCGCAUAGGCUUCUACCCGGUCAACCACACGGACUGCCUGGUGUCCGCAGUGCACCACUGCUUCGAUGGCCCGACGGGCGAGCUGGCGCACGCCUUCUUCCCCCCGCACGGCGGCAUCCACUUUGACGACAGCGAGUACUGGGUCCUGGGCCCCACGCGCUACAGCUGGAAGAAAGGCGUCUGGCUCACCGACCUGGUGCACGUGGCGGCCCACGAGAUCGGCCACGCGCUGGGCCUGAUGCACUCGCAGCACGGCCGGGCGCUCAUGCACCUGAACGCCACGCUGCGCGGCUGGAAGACGCUGUCGCAGGACGAGCUGUGGGGGCUGCACCGGCUGUACGGCUGCCUGGACCGGCUCUUUGUGUGCACAUCCUGGGCCCGGAGGGGCUUCUGCGACACCCGCCGCAGGCUCAUGAAGAGGCUCUGCCCCAGCAGCUGUGACUUCUGCUACGAGUUUCCCUUCCCCACCGUGGCUGCCACCGCGCCGCCGCCCAGAACCAAGACCAGGCUGGUGCCCGAGGGCCGGAACGUGACCUUCCGCUGUGGCCAGAAGAUCCUGCACAAGAAAGGCAAAGUGUACUGGUACAAGGACCAGGAACCCCUGGAGUUCUCCUACCCCGGCUACCUGGCGCUGGGCGAGGCGCACCUGAGCAUCAUCGCCAACGCCAUCAACGAGGGCACGUACACGUGCGUGGUGCGCCGGCGGCAGCGUGUGCUGAGCACCUACUCCUGGCGGGUCCGAGUGCGCGGCUGAGCUGCCCGCGGGGCCG